AUGGCCGCCGAAACUUACGGACAUCGACUGCUCUACACCGAAAAAGAUAUUUUCCCCAAUGACGUUAUGUUAGAAUAUUCUACUGAAGAGUGUUAUUUAUCAUGGCCAAGGUCACCUGACUCCGGGAGAUCGAGCUUGGAGCCGACUCCGUCCAUGGAUGGAAGCAAUCAGGAAUCACCAACACACAUCGCAUAUAGAGGAAUGCCGAACGAUUUAGUUCUAGAAGACAGUUCGGAAGACUUGGAUUUAGAAGGUUCUGGAAAGAGACGAGGAAGGGCGACCAGUGCUGCAGUUCUGCGAAGACGCCGCCUUGCAGCAAACGCGAGAGAAAGGAGACGAAUGCAGAAUCUGAAUAAGGCUUUCGACAGACUACGCGGUCACCUACCAUCGUUGGGAGCUGACAGACAACUCUCCAAAUACGAGACCCUCCAAAUGGCUCAAACAUACAUCGCAGCAUUAUACGAGCUACUGCAAUAG